AAUCGUCCUCAUUAGCUGGGCUGGCUGGCGGCGCUGUAAAACCAAGCUAAUUUGGGUCUAGAUCGGCCCAAUAGGUAACCGAUAAAGGCUAAGGCGGUAGAACGCUCAAAAUGGUUGAAAAUUAAGAAGGGGUUAAGGUGUACGAAUUGAAAUUUCCACAAAAGAUAUUAAAAUUUCACUCAAAGAUCACAAAAUCGUCAACUUCUUUCGCCUGAGGAAGGAAUCACAUAGUGGUUUCUCAGGUGGUGGUUUUGUGUGUGGAGAAGAUUGAGAUUAUUGUAGAUGGCAAGGAUCAAGCCUCAAGCUCUCUUGCAACAGAGCAAGAAGAAGAAGGGACCGAGUCGAUUAAGUCCUGUUACUAUUCUUCUAUGCGGCUUGAUUGUUCUCUUGACUAUCUUUUUCUUGUAUUCUACAUACAGACACUGGUCCCUUAGGUCAAGGAUCCAGACUCAGAGUCGUAAAUCAUUAGGCUUUGAGGCUGAGCACGCAUUCGUGGAUCCAAAGAAAUCUGAUCUCCCUGGAUACGCAAUUUUAAAUACAUCAAAAGGCACCAUAACCGUGGAACUUUUCAAGGAUGGUUCUUUGGAAGUUGUUGACAAGUUCGUUGACUUAUGUGAAAAAGGACACUUCAAGGGGAUGCGAUUUCGUCAUGUGAUAAAGCAUUAUGUGAUUCAAGCAGGGGAUACUGACAGCGUUCGUGCUGCAGAAGACUUGACUUUGAAGGGGAAACAUUACAGUCAACUCGACACAAGUUUGAAACAUGAGGCUUUCAUGCUUGGGACUUCUAAAGGAAAACACGAUGACAAAGGAUUUGAGCUUUUCAUUACCACUGCACCCAUCCCAGAUCUAACUGAAAAGCUUAUAGUUUUUGGACGGGUCAUUAAAGGAGAAGAUGUUGUUCAGGAAAUUGAAGAGGUGGAUACCGACGAAUAUUUUCAACCAAAAUCCCGUAUAGGGAUCAUCAAUGUCAUUCUAAAACAGGAAAUCUGAUGGCUUGUUUUCCGCAUUGCAUUUAUUAUUCCUCCAUUCUGCCUAACAAGUUUCCUGCCAAACUUGCAAUAUAUACAGUGUGCGUCUGGGAUCUGUGAACUCGAGAAAUUUAGUCCCCAGAAGGGCUCAAAGCUAUUUUAGACUAGCAUGUGUAGCGAGUGAUACCAAUUCUAUUUUGGCAAUUUUUCUUUGGGACGGAUCAUACAACUAAAAAAUUACAUUGUAUAACAGGUCGAUGUAAUCUUUGCUUGGAAAUAUUGAGGUGUAAAGUGAUUUUGCUGUUGAUUUAUGCUAGUGACGGGAGUUUCUUCUUUUUUUU